AUGUUCUUUCGAGUUGUAUUUUUUCUUGCUUGCAUCUUUUCUACUUCUCAUGGCGUCACGAAUUGCCCCUUGGAGGGCCCAAUCUUCCCAAAACCUCAGAACCUUUCCACAAGCGCAACAAUAAAAGCUGCUAUGAAAGAUCUUACUGCUGUUUUGGUGGCAAGAGAUGCGGAUAACUCGACAGGCGUCUACACAAACUCGUAUUCCGUUCAAGCAUUUUCAACAAGUGAUACCGGAAGCACGCCUCUCUUUCAUCACUACUACACUGCACCGAACCUUGCAACUUUCAAUUCGACGGGGGUCACCCAGGUGGACGCGGAUACGGUCUACCGGAUGGGAAACUUAACUAAGAUCUUCACGGUAUACACUUUUUUAGUCGAAGCGGGAGAUAUUCAUUUCAACUCUCCCAUAACCGACUAUGUUCCAGAACUUGCUGCUUUACUCAACAAUCGCAAUAUUACCAUUGGAGACCUGGCAAGUCACAUGGCUGGGAUUGCAUCAGACACCCAGACAGAGGUUCCAAAGUGUGGUGCUUAUCCACUGUGCAAUCGGACAGCUUUCGCCCCUGGAGAGACCCUGGCUUACUCAAAUGUCGCCUUUCAAAUAUUGUCAUAUGCACUUGAGACGAUGGCGGGGAGGAACUACCAGACGUCCCUUCAAGACAAGCUGCUCAAACCACUGAAUUUGGCUCACACAUUUUAUACGAUGCCGAACGAAUCAAUUGGUGUGAUACCCGGAAAUGCUUCAACUGACAAUCUUAGUGCUGGAAUGAUGUACUCAACCAUUGCUGACAUCUCAUCGCUUGGACGCUCCAUCCUGCGGUCAUCACUUCUCAGCCCAGCCCAAACCCGACGAUGGUUUAAGCCUACCGCAUUAACAAUAAUCAUGGACCCAGACAGACCAUAUGAGCUAAUCACCGCAUACAACAAAGCAAGCAGUAUUGGUUCAUACAGCUCCCUCCUCGCGCUCUUGCCCGAGUUCGGUAUUGGAUUUUCCGUGCUCAUAGCAGGUGACCAUGCCUUGAACAAUUGGGUGGAAGAAGCGCAGGCGAACUACGCUGGAAACUAUUUAAGCUCUGAACUCAACUCUUCUGUUACCUUCAUUACAGACACCUCUAAACCUGGUCUUGGUAUAACGUCUUGGAUCAGCAAUGGAACGGACAUGAUGGCCGUAUCGACUUAUCUCCUGACAAGCUCUAUAAGCGCAAACUUCAGCGCUAGACUGUACCCUACGGACUUGCAAGUGACUGCGGCCGAUGGAAGCAAGCAGGUGGUUUUGAAGGCCAUUUUCGAGGAUUUGGCGACUCAGGCAAAAGACAGCAAGUUUACGGCAGUAUGUGGAACUUGGAUUGAACCGACUGCAUUCGUUUAUGGGGCAAUGGCACUGGAUGGAUUCGUAUUCACUCUUGAUCCUUCUGGAAUGCGGUAA